CCCCUUCAGCAAGCUGACGAGACGCUGAACUUCGAGGAGCAGAUCCUAGAGGCAGCCAAGUCCAUCGCUGCAGCCACCAGCGCUUUGGUCAAAUCAGCCUCGGCUGCCCAGAGAGAGCUGGUGGCUCAGGGCAAAGUGGGCCUCAUCCCUGCCAACGCUGUGGACGAUGGACAGUGGUCCCAGGGGCUCAUCUCAGCUGCACGUAUGGUGGCAGCAGCGACCAGCAACCUGUGUGAGGCAGCCAACGCCUCGGUGCAAGGCCAUGCAAGCGAGGAGAAGCUCAUCUCUUCAGCCAAACAGGUGGCGGCCUCCACCGCCCAGCUGCUGGUGGCCUGUAAGGUGAAGGCUGACCAGGACUCUGAGGCCAUGAGGAGACUACAGAUUGCUGGGAAUGCAGUAAAGAAGGCUUCAGACAAUUUGGUGCGGGCCGCUCAGAAGGCAGCGUUUGACAAAGCAGAUGAAGACAACGUGGUGGUCAAGACCAAGUUUGUGGGUGGAAUAGCACAGAUCAUUGCAGCCCAGGAAGAGAUGCUGAGAAAGGAGAGAGAGCUGGAAGAAGCCAGGAAGAAACUGGCUCAGAUCAGGCAGCAGCAGUACAAGUUCCUGCCCAGUGAACUACGAGAGGACAACAACUAAAUAUUCAAACUCACAUCUGCAUACGCUUGAAGCAGUGUGAAGAGCACAUCUGGGUUUGUGUCCCUUUUUUUUUACUGGCACACUUGAACAGGUAUGUGGCCAGCAGCGACUUCAGAUGUGUUGUGACUGAUCUAACAAACCAGAAAUGCUCAAGUCUGCAGUGAGUCUAAUUCACAUGGAAAUAUCUCAAAGUCAUCUACUUGCAAGUUUGAAAUACUACUGUAUGGAACUGACUACUUUCACAAAAAACUAACAUAAAGAUUGUGGUGAUUCAACUGAAGAACUGCCUUUUUUUUCCUCAUAUAUAGCAUAACUGAUCCAAUCUGAACCAGAAUGUGACAUGCUCGGGACAAACUGCACAGCUAACAUGCUCUCAUGUUUGCCCAUAAGCUACAGUUUCUUUUUCUUGUCUUUUUAUUUUUUACAAAUUGCAGCUCUAGUUCAUAAACUUCUAAGAUGAAGAAUUGAUUGUAUUGCCGUUCAUGUGAUCUAGCCGUUAAACUGCAGCGCCACCCGGACAGCAAAAAGAUUUCAGCUCGGUACUCUGAUAUUGUAUGAAUGUUGGCCUUCAUGCUCCAAUUUGGCACCUUAAUAUCUGUUUAAAUCAUGUGGUGUGUCUUGACUUAAAUUCAGUGGUCACUAACCCAAAGGAAGGUAAGAUGCAUAUUGGUGUUUAUCGGACCAUACUGUAAAAUUAAAGAAUGGACCGUUGUCUUUUGGAA